AGAACAAAGUCAAGGAAAAUUAACCAUGUCCUUAAAUUCGUGUUUAUGAUUGAUGCGUAUUUAAAUGAAGGGCCUGCAGCACAACAAUAGUACACAGAACAAAGUCAAGGAAAAUUAACCAUGUCCUUAGCAAAGAUCCUACAUAUGAAUAUUGGUGAUGGAGAAUCCAGCUAUGCAAACAACUCCAUGCUUCAGGAAACAGGGAUACGGAAAGCUGUGCCAUUUCAAAAGCUUUUGAUCAAGGGUUUAGCUAAUCAUAAUGUCUUCAACGACUGUUUCACGGUUGCAGAUUUAGGAUGCUCGUCUGGCAAAAAUACGCUACUAGUUGCAUCUAAUAUUAUUGAUAUAGUGCAUGAGGUGUGUCAAGAAAAUGAUCGUAAAGUACCACAGUUUCAAGUGUGUUUAAAUGACCUAUUUGGAAAUGAUUUCAAUAAUAUUUUCAAACUGUUACCUGACUUUUAUGCAAAGCUUAAGAAGGACAAGGGAGAAGGUUUUGGCCCAUGUUUUGUUUCAGCUGUUCCAGGUUCCUUCUAUGGCAGACUUUUUCCCAACCAAAGUUUGCAUUUUGUUAACUCUGCUAAUUGUAACCAUUGGCUUUCUCAGGUGCCUAGAGGCCUUGAAAGUAAUGGAUCAAAUAUUUGUAUGGCGCGGGCAAGUCCUCCAAAUGUAUACCAAGCAUAUCAAAACCAAUUUCAUAAUGAUUUCACGAAGUUUUUACAAAUGCGCUCUGAGGAAGUAGUACAUGGUGGAAGCAUGAUUUUAACAUUUUUUGUUCGGGAGGUAGCUGAUCCAACUAUUGCCAAUUGUUUUGCACAUUUGGAGCUACUCGGGCAAUCACUUGUCGACAUGAUCAAAGAGGGGUUGGUUCGUGAAUCAGAUAUUAACUCAUUCAAUGUCCCAUUAUAUUUUCCAUGUGAGGAGGAAGUUAGGAACAUCAUUGAAUAUGAGAGAUCAUUUUCUCUUGAAAACAUGAAUGCUUAUCAACUAAAUUCGGAUCCCUACGACAAGGAUUACAUAAACAUGACUGAUUCUGGUGAGCUUAGCCAAAUUCACGCGAAAAACAUAUCAAAAGUAACCCAAGCAGUUUUUGAACCGUUGUUGAUAUCUCAUUUUGGGAAUUCUAUAAUUGACAUACUAUUUAAGAAGUUUGAGAAGCAUGUGGCUGAAGAUCUCUUAAAACAGAAGCCAAAGUGGUUAGUCAUGACCAUUUCAUUGACCAAGAAAUGAACAAUUCAUGAGUUUGAUUAAAUUGGUCGAUCUGUUGGUUAUUAUGUUCCAGUAUUUAUAUAUGUAUUGUUGUCAAUGCAUACAGCAUGAACCCUUGUGUUUUAUUUUCCUAGGUUUGUUGGUUAUUAUGUUCCAGUAUUUAUAUAUGUAUUGUUUGUAAGAACUAGGUUCACUUUUUAUUAAAAUAUAUUAUAAAAUAAAUAAUAAAUAAUAACGAGACUCUCGUUAUUGGUGGGAAAUUCGACUA